GCUGCAGCAGGAACUCAUGCGCGGCACCAUCUACGAGCACGUGAGCGGCGGCGACCCCAAGCAAAUCCCGUCGCUGACGUACGAGCAGUUGCGCGCCUUCCACGCCAAGAACUACCACCCGUCCAACUGCUGCUUCUACUCGUACGGAGACUUGCCGCUCACGGACCACCUCGCGUAUCUGGACCAGGAGAUCCUCAACAACUUCGAGUACCGCACGGACUCGGCGGCCACGCGCGUGAACACGGAAGGCUUCAGUGUGCUUAGGAAGACGAAGGAAGACCCAGAGCUCAUCGUCAUUCGGGGCCCCAGCAGCAACAUGAGCGGCGAGGCGGCCGACCCGAACACCAAGUUCUGCAUGAGCAAGUUCGUUGACGUCAGCUCCACGGAUCCGUUCCCGACCUUUGUGCUGCGCAUUGUGGGCUACUUGCUUACGCACGGCCCGGCGUCUCCUUUGUUCAAGGCGCUGAUCGACUCCAACCUCGCCCAGGAUUUCUCUGUGGGCACGGGCUUUGAUACAUCGACGUACUACCCUACUUUCGGUGUCGGUGUUGAGGGAAUUGAAGGCGGAGAAACCGCUGUGCCGGCCAUUCGCAAGGCCGUGCAUGAUGCUUUGGAGAAGGUGGUGGCGGAGGGCUUCGAGAAGGAGCGCGUGGCCGGACUGCUGCACCAGUUGGAGCUGAGUCUUAAGCACAUCACCGGUAACUUCGGUCUUCAAAUGAUGCACGGUAUCAGCUCGGUUUGGGCUCAUGGCGGAGAUCUGAUCAAGAACCUGCAGCUAAACCCGCUGCUCGAACGCUUGAACGAAGAGAUGGCGCGAAACCCGAAGUUCCUGGAGAGCUACGUUCGCGACUACCUUAUGCGCGACGACCUGCGCGAGGUUCAGAUGCUGAUGCUGCCUUCUGAAGACUUUGUCCGUGAUCAAGAACGUCGCGAGCGCGAGAAUCUGGCCGCUAAGCUUAUUGAGCAGUCCAAUUCGGAUCUGGAUCGUAUCGCUCGCACGACCGAGAAGCUCGAGCGUCACCAGCAAAAGGAGCAGCCUCUGGAAUGUCUACCCACGCUUACCCUGGACGACAUUCCAAGGGUCGAGGAAGGCAACUUCGACCACAUCGACAAGACGCAGCUCAACUCGACGUCCGCAGAGUUCGUGCGCGUGCCGUCCACUAACGAGAUCUCGUACUUGCGUCUCCUCUUCGACAUGUCGGCGCUUCCUCAGGCGUACCACCAGUACAUGAACGUGUUCACGACGGUGUUCGGAUCCCUGGGUACGUCGCGCUACGCGUACGACGAGCUCCCGACGGUGAUUGCGAAUUGCAGCGGCGGUGUGUCGUGCUCGGCUAUGACGGCGCCAUCGCUGACAGACGUGCAUGGCGAGCCCAGCAAGCAGUCGAUGCUCCUGGGCACGAUGUGUCUGCCGCACAAGGUGGACGAGACGCUGAGCUUGCUGCACAAGUUGCUAACUGACACCCAGUUCCUGAGCGAGGAGAAUCUGCGUCAGCUGCGUCUCAUUUUGCAGAGCAGCGCUUCCACCGCUAGUAGCAGCAUCUCGUCCUCUGGCGCCGGGCUUGCUGGCACGCGCUCGCGUGUCGGCCUCACACCUGCUGGUAUGUACGACGAGCUGUACAGUGGCCUCACGCAAAUCGAGCAGCUCCAGAAGUGGGCACAGUGCUCUGACGACGAGCUGCGUCGGAUUGCUCGUGUGCUGCAGGAUAUUGCGCGCGUGGUGUUUUCGCCCGACAACCUUCGCCUCUCUGUCGUUACGGAGGACAAGCUGCGGUCUCAAGUGGAGCAAUCCCUCAAGUCCAAGCUGCUGGAGCCGCUGGCGGGGUCUUGGUCGCUGCCAGACGCUUCGUCUCUCACGCUUGCGAAGGAGGAGCUGAAGCUGCCUGCUGUGUCGCCCAAGAACUACUUUGCGUUCCCAGUGUCCGUGAACUUUGUGGUGGAGACGCAGCCGUCGGUGUCGUUCACGCACGAGGAUCACGUGCCGCUUACCGUCUUAGCUCAGAUCAUGUCGUCCUGCUAUCUGCACCAGCAGGUGCGUGAACAAGGCGGAGCAUACGGCUCGGGCGUCUCCCAGAACGAGGGCUCCUUCUCGAUGAGCUCUCACUACGACCCCAACACAUUCAAGACGCUCAACGCGUACGCUGGCGCUCGUCAGUGGGCGGCCAGUGGAGAGUUCUCGGAUCGGGAUCUUCAGGAAGCGCUGUUGUCGGUGUUCGCUAGCGUUGACGCGCCCAAGACGCCGUCCAUGAAGGGCCGUAUGAGCUUCCUUCGCGGCAUCACGAACGACAUGCGCCAGCGCCGUCGCGAGCAGUACCUCUCGUUGAAGCGCCAGGACCUCGUGGACGUCGCGCGCAAGUACUUCAGCGAGGACGCGCCCGAGAAGCGCACCGUCAUCAUCGGCAAAGACGGCGACGACCUGCACGAGUUCUCGGACAAGGGCUUCGACGUGCAGCGCUUCUCGUCGCCGGAGCAGUAGACAAACCACGCAUGCUGGCGUGGUCUCUUAGAGCACUAGAAGAGCUUGGAACUCACUGGUUACAACACGAUUUCAAGCAUAACUAUAUAUUUCGUUGCGGCGCCACGCCUCGCCUCGCCUCACCUCGCCUUCCUUGGGUCACGGUGGUGCACGUGCACAUUCAGUCUUCAUCUGCCUGGCUGCGUCAGUAGUGGUAAUUGUUGUUCUCCUCCUCGCCCGAGAUCGUGCGGCAAAUGGGGCAGUCGAAGCGGGUGCGGUACCAUUCGUUGAUGCAGUGCUCGUGGAAGAAGUGUCCGCACGGAGAGAGCACGAGCCGGUUGCCGUCCAGCUCGGCCCACUCGCAGAGGCAGAUCGGGCACGAGUCCGAGUCCACCUGCACGUCGCGCGGAUCCACGUACUUGAGCUGGCGGAUGGAUCGGACGUGCUGCUGCUCGUGCUCGAUCGGGAACUGCAGGAACUCCUUGACCAUGAACCUUGUGGACGCGAUCUCGCUGCAGGCCUCCACCUCCUGCUCCGCGGCCAGGUACUCGCACAGGGCGAUGAUGAACUCCUCGAGUCCGGCGGUGCGGCGCCCCACGAGCGCCGACGGGUCCUUGAACAUGACGAUGCGACGAGGGAAGCCGACGUCCUUGAGCUGGUCGCGCACGGCGCCGCACACGGAGCAGCCUCGGUGCUUCUUGUGCGCCGCGAGCCGCGCGAGCAGCCGCUUGCGCAGGCGGUAGAACUCGGAGUAGCGCUUGCACACGACCCACUUCUGCUUGUAGUAGUCGCUCGUGAUCUCGAGGUGGUACACGUAGUAGUUGCCCGAGGCGCCGCGCACGAGCACGGCCUGGCAGCGCAUGGCCAGCUGCGUCAUGGACUCCUGGUGGAUGCGGUGGAUGAGCACGCGCUUGGCAGCCAUGCCCUGGUCGGCCACGAGGCCGAUGGGCAUGUCCUGGAAGCGCUGCUGGCCCACCGAUUUGGCCGGCAGCCGGUAGUGCGUGGCCUCGGGCUGCGGCGCGAACUGCGCGCCGUAGAACGACGUCAUGUCGCCCUCCACGUCCUCCACGUCGACCGACUCGGCGGCCGACACGGCGGGCGGCCGCUGCUGCCGCUGGUUGUCCUCGGCCCGCCAGCGCGCGGCGGCGCCGCCCUUGGCGUUCGGGCUGCUGCUGAACAUGCUGCUGAUGUCGUCGUUGGAGCGCGGGCUGUCCUCCAGCUCGCUGUCUAGCCACUCCACGUCCUCGUGCGCCAUGGUGUCGCCUGCGUCGGGUACUUGUGUCGGUGUGCGAGCGCUC